CGCUAAACGAGUUCUCUGUUCCAUUGUCAAAUCCGCCGCCGUUCGGAAUUACCACGAACAUGCGUGUCUUCGCUGCUGUCGCCGCGUCGAUGAUGGCGCUCGCCGCCGCGCAGACACCCGAGGACAAAGUCAAAACCUUUCGCAGUUCGUAGUUCUCCCUCACAUCGUCCUCACUCCUGAAUCUCACUCACCCUUGGCACGACGUACCUGCUAGAAUGCCGGCAAUCGAACUACGUCACAGAAGGCAACCAGAUUUUCGCCGUAGAUCCGUUGAAUCCAACGAUCAAGACGCCGAUUCUAAUCAAGGGCGUGCAGUGGAAGGGUAUGGAGACGACCGACGGCAUCCCCGCCGGGUUGUGGGGCAAAUCGGUGCAACGAGACUCUGGCAUCAACGGCACGUCCCUCGCAUACAUGCUCAAGUUUCUCUCCAGCAACAAGUUCAACACCGUGCGACUCCCCAUCAUGGGAGACAACUUUCUCAAUCCGUCGUUUCUGCCCAAGGUGGGGUACAUCCACGGCGAGAACCGCGAAAUCGCCUUGUACGACAAGGGCUUCACGCCCAAAAUGGCCGAUCUCCUCGCGCGCUUCAUCGGAAGUUUUCAAAAGUACCGCAUUUCAGUCGUCCUGGACCUGCACGCGUUGUCGAACGAGUUCUUGCAGGACGCGUACUGGUACUACCCGGUCAAAGAAACAGUCGAAGAGUCCACGGCGUACAAGGUAGCCGUGCUGCUCGCCACGUACUACUGCAAACCUGAAUAUUGGAACGUCUUGGGUAUCGACCUCAAGGACGCCAUGACAGACGUCGACUGGCCCGCGACGGCCGCUGCCUCUGGGGACUGGCCAGCUGCGGCCGAGACCAUCGCCGCCAAAGUCAACGAACUGUGCCCGCAAUGGCUCGUGUUUGUCACAGGCGGCAGCAAGGGCAGCUUUGUGGUCAAGACCAACAGCUACAAGGUGUGGCCAGGUCUGAACUUUGCUAACGCGACUACUCGGCCACUCAAGAAAGCCACCAACAUCGUGUACUCCCCUCAAGCGUUUACCCAGGGCGUGGAGCCUCUGGGGUACUUUUUCAAUCCAUCGAGCAACUGUUCGAAUGCGAUUCUCCCCGACAAGGAUACAGAGUGCGUUGUGAUUGAAAAUGGCCUCAAGGUACCCAGCACCAAGCGCGCGUUAGCUUGCGACAACUCAAAGCUGCAGUGCCAGUCAUUCACACCGCUGUCCACGCCCGAUCUCACGGCGCUGUACAGUCGCCUUCUGGAUGAAAACAUUGGCGGAGUGGUCAAGCAAGCCAGUGUGCCCGUGGUAUUUGCUUCAUUUGGCGGCAUCUAUGGCUCGAGUCAGCCGCUGCAGUCAGCCGUGAUCGAUCAGCUCAUCAAGUACAUAGCCACGUCCACGGCUGGCGGUUUCUUUGCUUCCCUCAACCCAGAUACGCAAAUGUGGCUGGAAGGGCCGCCCCCAGGCAACAAAACCAUCGGCAGAGCGCGCUACGGCCUCAUGACGUCGUCCUCGUGGCAGGUGGGACAUGCCGACUUACUCGCGGCGCUGGCGGAGCUCAAGUCGACUGAAAUCCCUUGCUAUGGAGACGAACAACCUGGUGAUCCGGAUGCUGCGACCAGUGGCGCCAUUAUGGGGACCUCGUGGCUGCAAAGUGGUGGUGGUGGAGUCGCCGUUGUGACCGCCAUGUUGCUGCUGCUCGUUUAAUUAAUACAAAUGCCAAUAAAUAUUCUGAAAUCAGUG